GACAACAACAACGACAGUGACAACAACAGCGACCAGUUCUUGUGACUUCCGAUCGUUGUUAUUGCUUACCGGAGCUCCGCUCGGGGAAACGACGGUACUCGUGCAACGUCUGAGAUAUCUUCGUCAAUGUGAUCGAACGACGAGAAGCAUUCGAAGCCACAUCACAUAUGAAGCGCUGUGAGCUGAGUGCUUCAAUAGCCUGUAUGGAAUAGGAAGUGACAAGGCCAGCUACGGGACUACUGACACAGAAAUACCACGGGAGAUUAUUCGAAAGGAAACAUGCCAGAGACCGACGACAAAUCGGAAGACACGGCAACAUUCGAGUGCAAUAUCUGCCUCGAUACGGCGAAGAACGCCGUAAUUAGCAUGUGUGGUCACUUGUUCUGCUGGCCAUGUCUUUACCAAUGGCUCGAAACUCGUCCGCAAGGCCAGGUCUGUCCAGUCUGCAAAGCAGGCAUAAGCCGAGACAAAGUCAUUCCUCUCUACGGCCGCGGGGGCUCAAAGACUGACCCGAGAGAAAAGCUACCGCCGCGACCUCAAGGACAUCGGACCGAACCAGAAGCCGAUUACGCCGGGCCUGGUGGCGGGCAUCGCUACGUUUUCGGAGAUAACCCCCACUUUCUGUCCUUCGGCAUCGGAGCGUUCCCAUUCGGCUUCUUCGCGUCCUCCUUUAACCUGGCCGGCGGGGCCGGGAACCCAAUGGAACACCAGCAUCGAGACGCCGCCGGACCUGCGGACCAUCAAAUGCAAGAUCAAUUAGUAUCGAAACUAUUCUUGUGGCUAGCCUGCAUCUUCCUUCUCUGGCUACUAAUGGCGUGAUAAUGUGCAGCCGGAUGAAGAACGAGCGUCAAUGGUUGCCGGCGUCGAGCGGUCUCGAAUCAUCAUCGCUGGCAGCACUUGAGGCCAUUUUCCAAUUCCUGAAGCAGGCGCACAGUUGCACAAGAUUCAUCAUCGUGAUCGUAGUCUCGAGUGAGCUCGUCGUCGACGACGACCGCCGCAAUGUAUUGGGCACUAUAACGAAUUCAAGCUGCGUUCGUUCAUCCCUGAGAAGUAUUCCUCGCGCCGCGAUAGUCCACCGCUUCGAAGAGUUUCAUUUGUAUAUUAUAACCUAUUGACAAGGGCCUCCUUCUAGUCGCACCUCAGUUCCAGACAGGAGGAUGGCAGAGGUGCUCCCCCCCCCUUCACUCCUCAAGCGUGACCGAUGAGAGAAACAUCAGAGAGGGGCUCUAGCCGCCGCCGUCGACGACGAGAUUAUAAUCAGACGGCCGCAACUCGUACUCGAAGAAUUGCUCAACGAUACCCGAAA